AUGGCCGAAAUUAGCACUGACAAUGAAUGGAUAAAUGAUAUAAAAAAAUAUUAUAAUAUUUGGGAAGAUAAUUAUGGAGGAUUUUUAAAUACUGCUAAAUCAUUAAUUAAUCCUAUUAUUAAACUUCCAACUGAAAUUAAUGACCUUGAAAAACUUCGUGAUAUACUUAAAAAAGAUAUUACUUUUACAUUAUUUAAAAAUGUAAACAAAAGAAAAUUUCAAUCAUUAAAAUAUAUUCCUGAAAGAGAUGGUGGUGAUAAUUUGAAAUUUUUUACAUGUUUUCAUAACCUUUGUUAUAAUACCGAAACUAAUGAUAUAGAAGAACAAAAAGAAUAUUUUCUUAAAGCUCUUAAUGAUCAUCCCUAUUUUUUUACUGAAUUUUAUAAAGGAAUGAACAAUAUCAAAUCAAUGGAUGAAUUAAUUAAAGCAUUUGAUGAAAUUGUUAUGGAUGAAUCAAAUAUAAUUAUAGAUGGAUCUAUUGUUGCAUUAAAACACGUUGCUACAGGAAAAUAUUUAACUUCAAUUGAUAAUUUACACUAUACAACUGGAAGCGAGGGACCAAUAGUUUAUACAGGGAAUUCAAGAUUUGAUCCAAAUGCUUGUUGGUAUAUAUUUGUUAAUAAUGGAAAGUAUAACGAUUAUAUAUACACAAAAUCUGAUAUAAGUUUCCAACAUAAAAUUUCUGGUAAUUCACUUGGAAUUUGCAAUUAUUCGCAACAAGUUCGUUAUAGUCGGCAUCUAUCUAGAACUCAAUAUAAAUACCACAAAUCUCCAUCAAGCAAUCACACGGAAGUAAAUUGUGAUGGCAAUGAGAGAGAAUGGAAGAUUGAUUAUAGUAGAUUAGAAAAUUAUGAAGGAUAUUUAAAAUCAAAUGAUAUUAUUAAUCUUAGUAUUAAGAAAUCAUUUGAUAUUAAUGGUCAUACUCAAGAUGGUCAAGUUGAAUUUUUACGUAGUCAUGAUGUUCAAUUUACUAUUGGAAAUGAUACCUUUCAAGAAGUUGUUUGCCAUAAUGAAAGAUUAGCAGAAAAUGAUGAGUGGUGCAUUGAACUUAUUAAACAGGCUUAA